AGCGGAGCCGCUGCCGCGCGGUUCGCUGCCGCCGCCGGAGCUGUCCAGCCGCCUCCCGCAGCCCCAGCCAGCCCCGCCAUGCGGGAGCGAUGAGAGCAGCGCCCGCAGACGCAGCCCGGCAAUGGAGGAUGAUUUAUUCCAGCUCAGACAGCUGCCGGUGGUCAAGUUUCGCCGCACUGGGGAGAGUUCGAGGUCGGAUGAGGAUGUCAUUUCAGGAGAACAUGAAAUCCAGAUUGAGGGUGUUCGGACAGAGCUAGAGCCGAUCGAGCUGGAGGAUGGAGCUGCGGUGCCAAAGGAAUUUGCCAACCCGACUGAUGACACUUUCCUGGUGGAAGAUGCGGUGGAAGCCAUUGGCUUUGGAAAGUUCCAGUGGAAGCUCUCUGUUAUUACUGGAUUAGCAUGGAUGGCAGAUGCUAUGGAAAUGAUGAUUUUAAGCAUCCUAGCUCCUCAGCUUCAUUGUGGUGUUUGUGGGAAUGAUGUCCAGCUCCACCCUCUGGGGAAACAUCUCAGACCAGUAUGGCAGGAAAACAGGCCUGAAGAUCAGCGUCUUAUGGACCCUCUACUAUGGGAUCCUCAGUGGUUUCGCCCCGGUGUACAGCUGGAUCCUGGUGCUGCGGGGCCUGGUGGGCUUUGGGAUUGGAGGAGUGCCUCAGUCGGUAACCUUGUAUGCCGAAUUCCUUCCAAUGAAAGCCAGAGCAAAAUGCAUUUUACUAAUAGAGGUGAGCAGUGUGGCUGUGUCCCCAGAGGGGCAAAUUCUGCUGUUGGUUACAUCCAUUCAAUCCUACUGACCAGAAACAUCACCCGCAGCUGCAGUCAGAUCUUGCUUGUCCAAGUCUUUUGGGCCAUUGGGACGGUGUUUGAAGUCCUCCUAGCAGUGGUGGUGAUGCCCACGCUUGGCUGGCGCUGGCUUCUCGUCCUUUCUGCCCUCCCUCUUCUGCUCUUCGCUGUCCUGUGUUUUUGGCUGCCAGAAAGUGCCCGGUAUGAUGUGUUGUCUGGAAAUCAAGAGAAAGCAAUUGCCACUUUAAAGCGGAUAGCAACGGAAAACGGAGCCCCCAUGCCUCUGGGAAAGCUCAUUGUUGCCAGGCAGGAAGACCGGGGGAAAAUGAGGGACCUUUUUACACCCCAUUUUAGAUGGACCACGUUGUUACUCUGGUUUAUAUGGUUUUCCAAUGCUUUUUCAUAUUAUGGGUUAGUUUUAUUAACUACAGAGUUCUUCCAAGCAGGAGACGUCUGCAGCAUAUCCAGUAAAAGGAAAGAAGUGAAGGCCAAGUGCAGCCUGACCUGUGAGUACCUGACAGAGGAGGACUACACUGACCUGCUCUGGACAACCCUGUCUGAAUUCCCUGGUGUGUUGGUGACGCUGUGGAUCAUUGAUCGGAUAGGCCGCAAGAAAACCAUGGCCCUGUCCUUCGUUGUCUUCUCGCUUUGCAGCCUUCUGCUGUUUCUCUGCGUUGGAAGGAACGUUCUUACUGUGCUGCUCUUCAUUGCAAGAGCUUUUAUUUCAGGAGGAUUUCAGGCUGCUUAUGUUUACACCCCGGAGGUUUAUCCCACAGCCACGCGCGCGCUGGGGCUGGGAACAUGCAGUGGAAUGGCCCGAGUGGGAGCCCUCAUAACCCCCUUCAUUGCACAGGUGAUGUUGGAAUCUUCAGUCUAUUUAACGCUGGUGGUUUACAGUGGAUGCUGCCUGCUGGCCGCUGUGGCUUCCUGCUUCUUGCCCAUUGAAACCAAAGGCCGUGGCUUACAGGAGUCCAGCCAGAGGGAAUGGGGACAGGAGAUGGUUGGGAGAGGAUCUCAAUCGCCAGCGGUCACCAGGUCUAACUCUGGAUCGCAGGAAUGAUGGGACAUGGAAACCUGCUGGAGGAACGAAUGACCUGAGCAAGUUCUUUCACACACACCCCAACCCUGAAGCAUAGGAAGCUGACCAUCCUGUCACUGCCAAUGUCGUGUGUCAAACUGCAGGAACCUUGGGGUUCAGCCCAAGCCAGUUGUGUCUCUGCUGCCCUUUGCUCACACUCAUAAAGACUUUACUUCAGUAUGGAGAGGCGUUUGAUCCAGAUAUCAUUUGAAGUUUAGCAGGAAGGGGUUUUCUUAAGUCUGUUGUGCUUGCAUGGUCAGCUCUUCGGCUUACAACGUCCCGUGGCGAGCAAAUAGCCAACUGAAUGCAACUCAGUAUAAGCUGUAAUUAAAAUCCUGUACUCUUGAUGCCUAAAAACCAAAAGGUUAGUAUUUAUUGUGUCCCUGCCAUAGCACACGGUGGAUUCCACACACUGCAGAGUAGGUUUUAUGAGUUAGAUGCCUGCCUUGCACUUUCUAGCCCUCGCCACCACCACCUGACAACGGCACACCAGCCAAUGCAUCCUGGUUCCUUGGGAAUGAAGCACGGAUUGCUUGGAACCUGUUUCCUGGAUGUUUCCCCCAUCCGAGGCAGGCGGAUGGAGUCAGUGAGGAGCGGUGUUUGUCACGGAGCUGGAACCUUACAGAAGAGAUGUGAAUCCUCCUGCCUUGGAGCAGAGCUUGGCU